AUGGACCCCCCUGAGCAACUGCACGCGCUCGUGCUGGAGCUGUCGUCGCCCGAGCAGCGCGAGAGCGCGCUACUGGAGCUCAGUAAGAAGCGCGAGGAGUUCUCCGAGCUCGCGCCGAUCCUGUGGCACUCGAUUGGUAUCGUGGCCGCCCUCUUGCAAGAGAUCGUGGCGAUCUACCCACUUUUGUCACCGCCGCAGCUGACAGCGCACGCUUCGAACCGUGUGUGCAAUGCACUGGCUCUUUUACAGUGUGUCGCGUCGCAUGCGGAAACGCGCACGCACUUUUUAAAUGCGCACAUUCCGUUGUAUUUGUACCCAUUUCUAAACACCGUGAGCAAGAAUCGACCGUUUGAGUAUUUGCGACUUACAAGUCUCGGCGUGAUUGGUGCACUGGUCAAGAUCGAUGACUCGGACGUGAUUAAUUUCUUACUGCAGACAGAGAUCAUCCCACUCUGUCUCCGUAUCAUGGAAGCUGGGAGUGAAUUAUCCAAGACCGUGGCGACUUUUAUUGUGCAAAAGAUCUUGCUGGACGAUAUGGGGCUCACGUACAUUUGCCACACGCCCGAGCGUUUCUACGCCGUCGGAACAGUACUGAGUAAAAUGGUGGCCACUCUGGUUGAGACACCAGCUCCACGACUGCUAAAGCACAUUAUUCGCUGCUACCUGAGACUUUCGGAUAAUCCACGGGCUAAAGAAGCUCUUCGACAGUGUCUACCAGAAGCUCUGCGUAAUCACACGUUUGACGAGGCUUUGAAAGAAGAUGCCACGACAAGUCGCUGGUUGGCUCAACUGCUGUACAACAUUAGCACGGAUGCCAAUGUGGGCGCCACUGGAGGGGUACAGGAACCGCGUCUCUUUACUUAA